AAGGUUGACAUCUCACAAAAUUCAAUGUCAUUUCAUUUCCUAAAUUUCAAGUACGAAAACCUACAAAAUGCAUCUUAUUUUACGUAUAUAUCUUCCCCUUACGGCCAUAAUAUUCCUGUUCUAUUUUUGCAAUGCUGAAAUGAUGGAAAGCUGUCGACCAAGUGAUGUUCAGAAACCUCCAAGAGGUUCCAUACCUGUCGAUUCCAAAGAAUAUCUGAAAUGCAACAAGAUGAGACCGGUGGUUUCACCGAAGAUAAGGGAAAAAUUGAGAGACUUCUACCUGAGUGAUAGAACUUUAGUAGAAAUACAACGUAGAUUUUUGAUAGACGUGAAUAAAGGACUGGCCAAAAAUACCCAUGACGCAGCUGUUGUGAAAUGCUAUGUGACAUAUGUGCAGGACCUGCCUACAGGAAAUGAAGAAGGCAAAUGUCUGGCCCUGGAUUUAAGUGGAACAUUUUUGAGAGUGCUUUUGGUGGAACUGAGUAGAGAAAGCUUCGAGAUGCGAUCCAAACUUUUUGCAAUACCCAAACAUAUAAAGCUUGGUUCUGGAGAGCAUUUGUUCGAUCAUGUGGCUGACUGUCUAUAUAAAUUCAUGAAAGAAGAGAAUCUUCUGACCGAAACCCUACCUCUAGGUUUUACAUUUGGUUUUCCCUUGAUACAGAAAAGUUUGACGUCCGGUAUACUGAGAAGAUGGACCAAAGGAUUUAACUGUACAUAUACAACAGGAUAUGAUGUUGUUGAAUUACUUCAAGCUGCCAUCAAUAGGAGAGGUAUUGAAGGGCACGUCAGAGUACGAGCAAUUAUCAACGAUACUACUGGUACCCUCAUAAGUUCAGCUUUUCAAAAUCCAAAUGCCCGAAUUGGUGUAAUAGUUAGCACUGGCAGCAAUGCGUGCUACCUUGAAAAGCAAUCUAAUGCUGAGCUAUUCGAUGGAGUCAACAUGGGAUCCGGAAAUGUUUUGAUAAACUGCGAAUGGGGUGCAUUUGGAGAUGAUGGAAGUUUAGACUUCAUUCGGACUUCUUUCGACAAAGAGAUUGACGAACAUACUGUAAACCCUGGGAAGCAGUUACAUGAGAAAAUGAUAUCAGGAAUGUAUAUGGGUGAACUAGUUCGUUUAAUCUUAGAAAAAUUCACCAAGGACGGUCUUCUCUUCAAAGGCCAUGGUUCUGAUCUCUUAUUCACAAGGGAUAGAUUCAUCACUAAAUAUGUUUCUGAUAUUGAAUCAGAUCGAUUUGGCACAUACACCAACUGCAUAGAAAUACUUGAAGAAUUAGGCUUAAAACAAGCUACUGAACAAGACUAUAUUAAUGUAAGAUUCAUUUGUGAAAGUAUUUCUAAAAGAGCAGCAUAUUUGGUUGCAAGUGGUAUUUCUGCACUCCUCAACAAAAUAGGUGAGAAAGUAGUGACUGUUGGGAUAGAUGGAUCAGUUUAUAGAUAUCAUCCACAUUUUCACAAUUUAUUGGUUGAAAAAAUCAACCACCUAGUUGAUCCUGGUAUACAAUUUGAAUUGAAACUAUCUGAAGAUGGGAAUGGAAUGGGUGCAGCACUAAUAGCUGCAGUGGCAGAACAAUACAAUCUAAUGUGAAUAUGACAAAUCGAACGAAGUACUUAGAUGUAGUAUGUUGUCUCCCAUUUAUAUCAAAUCUUGAAAUUGAUGUAUAGCAACUCACAAAAUGGUAUAUUUUCAUAGGAAUUCAAUACAAAAUACCUCACUUUAA